ACUAGGAUUAAUCUUUUGUUUGGUUUCUGACUUUCUGUGUGAUUUUUAUAUCUUCCAGUUUUACAAAAACCUAAUUUGAGUUUCUUGUAGUAUAAGCUAAUAAGGCGCAACCGUAAGUCCGUAACUAGGUUACAGACCCAUUUUAGUUUGCCAAACAAUUGUUCUGCAUCUUCUUCUUCUUUAACUUGUCGAUUCCAGAUUUAGGUUCCAAUCAAGAGAUCAAACUUCAACAAAUGGCUCGCUCCAAGGCUCCUGCAAAGAAGCAGCAAAAGAAAGGAAUUGAUUUCAAGAAAAUCAAGAGAAAGCUCGGGAGAAAAUUACCUCCACCAAAUAAUGCAACUAACACAGAGAUUAAAUCCAAAGCAAUUAUACUUCAUGAGCAAAGUGUGGCAGCAGAAAAAGAUGGUUUAGCUACAAGUAAGAAAGGCUUGACCUUGAAGGAGCUUCAGCUACGAACUUCACAUCACAAUGCUAAAGUUCUCAAAGAUACAUUACAUGGUUUCCAAGACCUUUUUAAACAUCAUCCAGCAGAGCUGCAAUCAAAUAAAUAUACUAUCAUACAGUGUCUUGGAAAACUCAUUAGUCAUGAUGAUGAGUUAGUGAGAGAAGCUUUUUAUGAACUAUUUAGGACUCAGAUCUUUCGUGCUUGUAAAGAGGAUAACAAGGGCCUUGUGGUGUUACUUUUGAUGCCAUACAUAUUUACCUCUAUGACUAAUUCAUCUAUUGAAGUUCGUUUGAUGGCUUUCAAAUUUUUCCACCUUGUUUUGGAGUAUUACCCGCCUACCUUUUCCUUGUAUGCUGAAAAGAUUCUUGAAAACUACAAGGAUGUUAUUCAGAAAAACCAUUUUUAUAUACAAGAUAAAAACAAGCUAGAGAUAGUUCUUUCCGGGUUGGCACAUUGCUUGUCGCUGUUGCCAUGUGAUGAGAGCAAUACUGAUUCACAGAGAAAGAAUGAAACGCUACUCGCCUAUGAGGAAGAUGCUGCGAAAGAAUGUGUUCGUUUUGCCCAUGUCUCUGGGAUAUUGAAGGAGAUUGUUGGAGUCUUAAUCAAUUGUUUCCAAGAUUUCAUUCCAUUGAUUCAUGCUCCGCGAGGAUUCAAUAAACAAUCAUUUAAUUGCAUACACCAUAUACUUCAUAGCAUAGGUUAUGCAAUCAAGUUUUCCAUUCGUAGGCACUCUCAAAGACAGGCUACAUGGCUACCUGCAUCUGAAGAAAAUACUAUGAUGAUACUGGAUCCGUACAUUGCAUCAAUGUUAUCGAAAAAGUUACUUGGUUCUUUUCCCCUUAAUUGCAAAAACAAUCUUCCUGAAAAGAAUGAUGAACUCAACAGUGUUUUGACAGAAAUCUUUUUGGAAGUAAGUGAAUGGAGCAGCCUUCCUUCUGAUCUUUCGAAUAGAUUUCUGGAAUUUCUUGAGAAUGCCCUACAAGGCAAGAUCACCAGGAGCAAUAAGCUUAGUAAGAGUUUACUUUCACUCUUGCCCUUUGUUCCAAAACUUAUUUUAAGGGUGGACCGUGAUCAGAGAGAUAAUCUUAUGCAGGCAUUUACUAUUACCUUCAACGAUUGCAAACCAGACUCUCCACUUAAAUUAGCCUGCAUUUCAGUUCUUAAAGAUUUGAUUAUCCCUAAUGGAGAUAUACUUUAUCACAAUGAUCCAACCGUAAAUAACUACCAGCGCGCUUGGGUCAACAAACUUCCAUCACUGCUUAACCAGUUGGGUGAUAAGAAUCCCGUAUCUACCAAGGUUGUUUUGCAACUUUUGCUCGACCUUGCGCGAGUUGGGUGUCUGAAUGCUUCCACAACAUUUGAAGAAGAGAUCAGCAACUUCUUCAUCCCUUGUCAGGAAGAAGGUGAUGUGCCUGGUGGACCUUUUGCAAGUCUCCCUAAGGAAGUCCAAGAAGUGGCUCUCUGUUUCCUUUAUUACUUCAUCAUAGACAAUUUCAGCUCCCGUUUGCUGAAAGCAAUAGUUUCAUGCUGUUUAUAUCAACAACUUGAACCAGCUGUGUUGUUUCGGAUAGUGGAAAUUCUUCACAGUGCUUAUAAAGCUGGAUGUAUCCAGAUUACAGAUCAUUUUAGCUUCUUCAUCACCUUAAUUGCACGUUUCAAAGUUGUCCCAGAGAAACUAGAGUCAGCGAUUGAGUGUGAUGAGAGGGAGACAUAUUGUGGCACAUUUAAACAACUUACAAACCUUGUGUGCUCAUGUUUGUCCGAAGUGGGUGAUAGCUCUCUUGUCCUCCAGAUUCUAGAGAGAGUUUUUGUCGAACAAAUAAUUUCGAAGCCUGCGUUGGACAAUGGGUGUGCCAUACUCAGGAUGAUCUGUGCGUUGGACUCUAAACCUACAAGACUUUCUGAAAGCAGUGUAACCACUCUAAGUGAAUUCUUACCGGGAUAUUUGAUCGAUAUAGUCAAUUGUAUACCAGAAGAUAAGGAGAACUCUUACCUUUACAUACAAACAUGUCUCUACUAUUUAGUACCUUGCUACUUCCUGUUCGACCGAAGCUCCAAACUCACAGAACAGGUUCUGAAAAGAAUGCGAUCGAUGGUCAGUGAAAACACUAAAGCGCUGGAAUCGGUCCAAGACAGGGAGAGCGGUCGAGACUCAUUAAAUUUGAUACAAUGCAUUGUCUCUGUGAUCCUGCUGAUGCACAACGACGUCAAAGUUAGGAAGUUAAUAUCAUCAUCCAAGUCAGAGAUCGAUUUGAUUCUGCAGAACGUUAUCACAUUGCAGUCCUCACAAAGCACGAGCUUGACUGUAGAAGGAAAACAUAUGAUGAAAAUUGCGGGAGAGCGACUUCGGAUUGCAUUCAAUAGCUUACUCGCAUAAUGAGUUACACAACUGUGACAUGGAAUUAUUUAUGCACUCUUUACAUAGGAUGCUAAAAAGAUAAGACUUUUUUUUGCUUGUUUGGGAAACACCAAUUUUGAUGGCAACUUUGUAGGAUAUUAACCUUUUGUUUAGAGUUGAAGGAGUGAAAGUAUCUUUUGAAAACUAUGAUGCGUCUUCACAUGAAAGAGUGUGUUUUAUACAUAAACCAAGCAUCUAACA